GGUCCCCCAUAGGGCGCUUCCGGUGGAGCGGAGCCGGCCUACCGACCGGGUUCUCCUCUCUGCCGCCGGCCCGGAGUCGGGAUGCGGCUGUUGCGGGGCGGACUGGGCUUUCUGCUGCGCCCGGGGAUCCGUCGUGGGGCCGGGCAGCCUCUCUACCAGCAAGGCCAGAGCCCCUCGCCACGCACCCGCGAGUACUUCUACUACGUCGACCACCAGGGACAGCUUUUCCUGGAUGAUGCCAAGGUCAAGAACUUCAUCACGUGUUUCAAAGACAAGCCGUUCCUGGUCUUCUUCUUCAAGCAGCUGAAGCUGAACCGCAGCGGCCGCUACGAGGACUCCUUCCCUUACCUGUCGCCCUGCGGCCGGGAGCACAACUACAUCCGUUGCGAUGACCGGCCCAUCGUCUUCACGCACCUCUUGGAAGGACCCCCAGGCCAGCAGUCGCUGUCCUUCUGUGGGGGCGCAGAACGCCUGGCCGUGCCCUUCCAGCCAGAGAAGCUGGUCAUGUUGGCCGAGAACGGGCGGGUCUAUCACCCGGGGCCGGAAAAGGCUGGUGGAGUGGGAUUGGUCAAGUCAUCCUUGGCCUUUGAGCUGAGUCCUUGCUUUGAGUACCAGGAUGGACCCGGUCAACCGCCCACUCAUUUCCGUUGGCAGGAGAAGAGGUAUCUUCUCACGAACGAGCUGCUGAGGUUGAUCUGAGGCCAUUGUAGAGCGAGGAAUGCUUUCCAAUGCCCAGAGGUCUUCUUGUUGGCAUCCUUGGCUUGACAGAAACCCAAACAACGUCCCUCCUGUCAUUCCAGGUGCCCCAUUUAUUCCGGGAGACCAUCUCAAGAAGAUCUUCUUGUUGGCCCUCUUGGACAUCCUUGGCUUGAUAGAAACCCAAACCACGUCCCACCUGUCAUUCCAGGUGCCCCAUUUAUCCGGGAGACCAUCUCAAGAAGGUCUUCUUGUUGGUUCUCUUUGGCAUCCUUGGCUUGAUAGAAACCCAAACCACGUCCCUCCUGCCAUUCCAGGUGCCCCAUUUAUCCCAGGAGACCAUCUCAAGAAGGUCUUCUUGUUGGCCCUCUUGGGCAUCCUUGGCUUGACAGAAACCCAAACCACGUCCCUCCUGCCAUUCCAGGUGCCUCGAUUAUCCCAGGAGACCAUCUCAAGAAGGUCUUCUUGUUGGUUCUCUUUGGCAUCCUUGGCUUGAUAGAAACCCAAACCACGUCCCUCCUGCCAUUCCAGGUGCCCCAUUUAUCCCAGGAGACCAUCUCAAGAAGGUCUUCUUGUUGGCCCUCUUGGGCAUCCUUGGCUUGACAGAAACCCAAACCACGUCCCUCCUGCCAUUCCAGGUGCCUCGAUUAUCCCAGGAGACCAUCUCAAGAAGGUGUCUGGAAGCAUCCGUCCAGAACCCCAGUAGGGCAGGGAUCCUGGACAGAAUCUCUCAGAAUAAAAAUCAUUUUAUGCUUUGUG